AUGGAUCAGAUGUUAGAAAGGCUUGAACAAAUGCAAAAGGAUAUGCAAGACAAGAUGCAAGAACAAUUGGAUAAAAUCCAACAAGACGCGCUAGAAUCCCAGAGAAUCAUGAGCCAACUGGCGCAAUUAUUGGCUGAUAAAGGAAAGAGCCCUGCAAUUAAUUUGGGAGUUGAUCAGGAGGACCCUAUUUAUCCUCCAGGUUUUACCCCGACAAGCACUCAGGCAGAGCUAGAGAUGUGCCCCCAAAGAGCACCUGUGACUAUUGGACCUCAAUAUCGGGCCGGCGCCUCGGUACCAAUGCACUUUCAAGUAGGCUCGGGUUCUAAUCCCGGGGACCCUACCAACCCUAUGGUCCCUAAUCUCGAUGACAUGGCAGAAAUGGAAAAAGUAAGAAUGGACCUGCCAAAACAACUCGAGGACCGGUGUAGAUGGCUAGAGGAGAAAUUUAGAGCCAUGGAGAACACCGACUACCGAUGUGGAGUUGACGCCAAAGAUUUAAGUUUGGUUCCUGAUUUAGUGCUCCCUCCUAAAUUCAAGAUGCCGAAGUUUGAAAAGUACAACGGGACCAGUUGUCCUGAAGCUCAUAUAACUAUGUUCUGUCAAAGAAUGAUGGCAUACGUCAACAAUGAUCAACUAUUAAUCCAUUACUUCCAGGACAGUUUGAUCGGGUCUGCAGCCAAGUGGUACAACCAGCUGAGUCGUACUAAGGUUAGUUCAUAG